CCACUUCUUCAGAGAGCCUACGCUAAAAAAAAAAAGAACUUCUUCAGAGAGCCGAGGUCUCAGGCCAGUGGCGGCGGCGGAAAUACAGAGUGGCGGCGGUCGUCCUCACCGGCGACGGAGGGUCGUAUUCUCUUCAUCAGCGUCAGGGCCGCCGCAGCCAGCGCCGAGCGCGGAGAUCUCGUCCUCGCCCCCCUCAACGCUGCGGCCGUGUCGACCAGCUCGCCGGUGGCCAGAUCUCUUGCAGUACAUCGCAUUACCUACUGCAGCAGCUGCAGCUCCACGGCUGCGCCGGUGGUGAGCGGCGGCGGCAUCCUAUCCCCUCGAGGGAUUCUUCCGGCUAGGUGGAGCUAUGAGCCGCCGCUUUGUCCCCGUCGGCAGACACAUCUUAGAGCAGAACAUCAAGGCUCGGUACCAUGCUGGAGACAUUGGCACCGAGGACGCACUCCACCUGUUUGACGAAUUGCUCCAGGUUGCUGGGCGCUCCUCGAUCCAUGCCAUCAACUGCCUCCUCACCGUUGUCGGCCGUGAUUGCCCUGCGCUCGGCGUCUCCCUCUUCAACCGUGUCGCAAGGUCCAAGGUGGCACCCUGCAGUAUCACCUAUGCCAUUCUGGUCGACUGCUGCUGCCGCGCUGGCCGCCAGGACCUUGGACACACUGCCAUGGGACACGUCAUCAAGAUGGGAUUUCUUGCAGAUGCUAUUAUCACUUUCAGCCACCUACUAAAGGCCAUCUGUGCAGAGAACAAGACCAGCUAUGCAAUGGACAUCGUACUCCGAAUAAUGCCCAUGUUUAACUGCGUACCGGAUGUCCUCUCUUACAACAUUCUUUUCAAGGGUCUCUGCAACGAGAAGAGAAGCCAAGAGGCUCUCGAGCUGAUUCAGGUGAUGGUUGAGCAUGGAGGUAGCUGCCAACCUGAUGUGGUGUCCUAUAGCACCGUAAUUGAUGGCUUGUUGAAAGAGGGUUUGGUGGGCAAGGCUUACACCCUAUUUUCUGAAAUGCUACAGAGGGAGUUUUCGCCGAAUGCUGUGACCUAUAACUCAAUCAUCUCUGGCAUGUGCAAAGUUCAUGCGAUGGACAAGGCUGAGGAGGUUCUUCAACAGAUGCUUGAUAGACGAAUUCUGCCAGAUGUUACCACAUAUAAUAGUCUGAUACAUGGAUAUUAUUCAUUAGGAAGGUGCAAAGAGGUUGAUCGGAUUUUCCAGGAAAUGUCUAGAAAUGGUGUUCAACCAGAUAUUGUAACUUACACUAUACAGAUGGAUUAUCUUUGCAAGAGCGGAAGAUGCACAGAAGCUAGGAAGAUUUUUGAUUCUAUGAUCAGUUUGGGCCAAAAACCGACCGUUACUACCUACAGCAUUCUGCUUCAUGGGUAUGCUAUGGAAAAAUCUUUUCAUGAUAUGCUUUGUCUCAUUGAUUUGAUGGUAGGUAAUGGUAUUGUACCAGAUCAUUAUGUCUUCAACAUACUCAUAUCUGCAUAUGCUAAAGAAGAAAUGGUUGGUGAGGUAAUGCAUAUAUUUACAAAAAUGCGGCAGCAAGGAUUGAACCCUGAUGCAGUGAGCUACGGAACAGUAAUAGACUUACUUUCCAGGAUUGGCCGAAUGGAUGAUGCUAUGUCCCUAUUCAAUCAAAUGAUAACUGAAGGAUUAGCUCCUGGUAUCAUAGUUUUCAACCACCUUAUUAGUGGUUUUUGUACUUGUGGCAAAUGGGAGAAGGUUCAUGAACUAUUUUCUGAAAUGUUGGAUUGCGGCAUCUGUCCAGACACAGUGUUCUUCAACACAGUUAUGGAUCGCCUUUGCAAAAAUGGAAGGGUUACGGAAGCCCAGGAUCUCUUUGACCUGAUGGUACACAUGGGUGUGAAGCCUGACGUGUGUACUUAUAACACACUGAUGGGUGGAUACUUGUUCGUUGGUAAGAUGGAUGAAGUGAGCAAGUUACUUGACAAUAUGGUCUCAAUUGGCAUGGAACCAGAUGUUAUCACCUAUAACAUACUGAUUGAUGGUUACUCUAAGAAUGGAAGGAUAGAUGAUGCAUUGGUUGUUUUCAGGGAAAUGUUGGACACGAAGGGUAAGCCGUCUGUUAUCAGUUUUAAUAUUAUGAUUGGUGCAUUGCUUAAAUGUGGUAGGAAGGCAGAAGCCAAAGAUUUGUUUGACGGUAUCUGGGCCAACGGAUUAGUGCCUGACAUUGUUACAUAUAGCUUAAUGAUACAAAAACUAAUAGAAGAAGGUUCUCUACAAGAGUCUGAUGAUCUAUUCGUUUCUAUGGAGAAGAAUGGGUGUGCUGCCAACUCCCGUAUGCUAAAUGCUAUAGUUAGAAGCUUACUUCAGAAGGGGGAGGUGCCCAGGGCUGGGACUUAUCUGUCUAAAAUUGAUGAGAGGAGCUUCAUCCUUGAAGCUUCCACAGCUAGCUUGUUGACUGCACUUGCGUCAAGGGGGAAAGGCCAGGAAUAUAAGGAGUUACUCCCCGAAAAAUACUCUGAACUGCUAAUCGAGGCCUGAACUUUACUUUGUCGGCCACAUCUCCCAAUCUUUUCUAUUUGUAGUACGUCUAAAAUGAAGGUCACUUCUCUUACUAGUAAUUCUGGGAGGAACUUGUACCCGUAGUAAAUGUCUGACUGUGCGCUAUUCUGAUGAACGACUAUCUGUGUUUCUAUAUGGCUGCCUUCAGUCUUGAUUAUAUGACUCUGCAUUUGGCCUCAACUAAGCUGCAAAUUAUAUUAGUUUUUUUCAGUCUUGAUUUGACCUAAUAAAUUAAUCUCAACGCCUUUUUCCUUGUCUGCUCUAAUGAUGGACAUAUACGAGAUAUUCACCACUUUAUAAUGUGAGAAGACCUUUGGCAAUAGCUACCAACCAUGAUGUUUACAGCUGAUCAUGGUAUAAUGACCGCGUUGUGCCCGUGGACUCACUGAAGUUGCUAGCAGCAAGUUAGUUUCUAUAUUCCCUUUCUUCUUUACAUUUGAAUGGAAACAUGUAGUAUAGACCAUUUUUGGGUGAACAUUGAUCCACAUAUCUGUCACAUGAUUAUUCAUCGAGUCCAUUGGAUAUGUUAUCAACUAUAUUUUUUGGUGAACUGGUCAAAGGUCAUACAGACCAUUUUAUUUCUAUCUAUACAUCGAGAAGUAUGUACAAUAUGUGCAAACAAGGUUGUCUCUCUUUAAUGACGUAUAAGUAUUAACUUGUCCGACUUCUCUUCUUGUAAACUGGUCUUCAGGUACAGAGACACAAACUGAGUUAUCAGAUGCUCGCAUCAUUACUCUUACUUGUUUCUGUUCAAUUUUUGUGUGGUUUUACUAGGACUUUUACUAGGUAAGAAGCCAAAGAUUUGUUUGAUAGUACUGGAAAAUACCACUCUUUUCUGGAACAGGGCACUGGUUGAAACCAUUUCUAGAGAUUUUGCCUACAUAUUUUGGACUGCUAAUCGAGGGAUGAACUUCUCUUUUUAGUUACCUCUUCCAACCUUUUCUGUGAGGUCUUUUCUCUUACUAGUAAUUCUGGGAAAAAACUUUGACUAGUAGAAAAGUCUGUCUGGCUUCGUAGAUGAAUGACUAUCUGUGUUUCAUUAUGCCUGACUACUAUUUCUUCAAUAGAGUUGCACAUUUGCCCCCGCUUUACUUUUUCUGCUGUACUGAGAGACAUAUACUAGAAUUUCAUGGUACUGAAAUUCAAGGUUGUUGAAAUAUUGUGUUUUCUUAUAUACUGCUGAAUUUUGUAUGGCCUAAACUGAGUCGUUGCAGGGCCAAGGAGCUACCUAAUGUCCUAAUCCAACAUGUACAGAAACCGAGUAUAUUUGGUCAGCAAGGAGGGAAGCACUAUCUGACAGUUUAAUUAGCUCGGUUUUUGGGUCCAGUUCCCCUUAUUAACUGGAUCAAUUCUCUUCCUAAUGCAAUGCGGGAGCUCCACGCCCUCUGACGUGGUCCCGUCAAAAUAUUUUUUUUUGCUCGUACUUCAUUGGAACUUCUUAACAAAUGGCGCAUUCAUGUUCCGGAGCUACUUCUUAACAAGUGGUGACCUGCCCUCUCUUACUUACUAGUGACUAGCCUUUUGUGCCUGUUGAAAAUAACAUGUCGCAUCAACAUAUUCUGAUAUGAUCCCUUCUGUAUGUGGAAUGAAAUUCAACAGAUUUCAUCUCUUAAUCAGCAACAAUCAGGGACUUACCUUAGACCACAUCCAGCACUUUGCCCCUAUCUGGAGUCCUCAUUUCUCUCCUGGAGUCCCAAGACACAAUCAAGUGGAAAUUCACGACAGACGGUUUCUACAUUGCAGCAUCAGCAUAUAGGGAUGGCCAAAUUUUGGUCUUAAUUUGUCCAUUUGCAUGCAAGUCAUUGAAUCAACGACAGUGCACCUCCUCUUCAAGUGUUGAUACAGUCGAGUAUGGAAUGCGGUGAAGCUCUGAAACGGGUUGCAUGACCUGCACCUGUAUAUGUUGGUAAUUGCUACCACGGUUAUUCACUUCCA